AUGCCUUAUCUUGUACGGCUUAGGUGCCCUUGGUCUCGGCCUGUGUUGGACGCAUCCAAUGUUUUAACACUCAAAAUCGAGUCCAACCCAGAUGAUUUCUUGUGGUUGGGAUAUGAGUCGAAGUUGAACGAGGUGCGACGGCAGAUUGCCAGGCUCGUCAACGUGGACAUGGACGAAUGUGUCCUGGUUCCGAACGUAUGCAAUGUAAUCAACACUAUCCUGAGGAACUUCGAGUGGCGAGAAGGGGACGCGAUCGCUUCUGCUUCGAAGUGUUCUUCGCAGCGUCGAGUCGUGGCGAUCGUUGACAGCAUCGUCUCCGGGCCUGGCGCUGCGAUGCCAUGGAGGGAUAUGGUUCGGACGUGCAAAGAGGAAGGGGUGUGGAGCGUGAUCGAUGCGGCGCAUCCACUUGGCCAGGAGGCCGUGGACUUAAAUGCGGUUCAGCCAGACUUUUGGGUGUCGAGCUGCUCCAAAUGGUUAUUCGCCAGACGCGGUUGUGCAGUGCUCUAUGUGCCGAAGAAGUGGUUUCGGGAGUCUUUGGGCGGAGAGGAGAAGAUUAAUGCCUACUGUCGGUCAAUUGCCCUCGCUGGUGGCAAGCGGCUGGCGGGAAAUAUUGGGCACACGCGAGAUGGACCAAUCAUGCGCUUUAUCCAGGUCAGGCUUCUAGAGCUGCACAAAGUCUAUGCUUCGGCAUUCUACCACAACCAUAGGUGGUGGACUCGAGCAAGUGCUCAAGUAUACAAUGAGGUGCGCCAUGGACAGUUGAUUCUAGUUGUCUGA